AUGCUUCCCCCACCGAACCGAACCACUGCACAUGCCUUUUGCAAUUGACAGUGGAUAAUGCCAGCAAAACCCUCAUUGGAGUCGGCCCCAUCUCAUCUGCCAUGGCACCGCCACAGCUCUCUAUUCUAAACAACAACCGCCCAUUUCCUCAUGUCGUACCAUAUAGUCCUCGCUCGCUUUGUUUUUGAAUUUUCUACUUAGGUAUCUUCUUUUGCUGCUGCAAGCUAAAUAUUGGUAGACAGCAGGAUAUCAUAUUCAGGAAGCAUUAAGGAAUUCCCAUCCAGCCGAACUUGUUUUCUUGUUGUUUUGAAUUCAUGAUUUAGUGGCGAUGGUGACAAGGAAAGGGCAUUAUUGUUAUUAUUAUCAUUGCUGUUAUUUUUGUGUUUGGUUGCUCCUGUUUGCGGCGCGGUUUGGGUGCGGAAUUCACGACAGGGAUGUGUGGAAUUCGUAUUUGGAAGAGAGCACGGAGAAGGAGAGGAAACUUGAGGUUAGGUUUGACAGGCCUGCUAGGAACUGGACAGAUGCUCUUCCCAUCGGCAAUGGCCGCCUUGGCGCCAUGAUUUGGGGCGGCGUCGUCAACGAGACCAUCAAUCUUAACGAGGACACACUCUGGACAGGAGUUCCGGGCAAUUACACAGAUCCAAAAGGUCCAACCAUUCUAUCUGAGGUCAGAGCCCUUGUCGACAAAGGGCUGUAUGCCGAGGCCACUGCUGUUGCUGCCAAUUUAUCUGGACAUCCAUCUGAUGUUUACCAACUGUUGGGAGACAUAAAGUUGGAGUUUGGAGAAUCUCACGCUGCAUACGAUGUAGAGAGUUAUCGGAGGGUGCUAGAUUUAGACACGGCAGCUGUAAGAAUUCAGUAUUCUGCCAAUGGAGUCGAGUACCUGAGGGAAUACUUCGCAUCAUAUCCAGAUAAUGCAAUUGUGUUGAAGUUGUCUGUAAACAAGCCGUCGAGUCUCAACUUCACAUUAUAUUUGGACAGCCAAAUCCAUCAUCACUCUUACGUGAGUAACAACAGCCAGAUCAUUUUCAAAGGGGGCUGUCUUGGCGUAAGAAUGCCACCACUGAUCUUUGGAAGCUCUGAUCCUAAAGAAAAGCGCCUCCCGAAGCUCCCUGAAAGUGGAAAUCCUAAAGGGAUUCAUUAUUCAGCAGUUGUUGAUUUGCAGAGCAGUAAUCGCGCUCAUUAUAUCGAGGAUGAUCGAAAGAUACGGGUGGAGGGCUGCGAUUGGGCCGUCAUCCGUCUCACAGCAGCCUCAUCAUUUGAUGGUCCGUUUACCAAGCCAGAGGAUUCAAAAAGGGAUCCUACUUUUGAGUCUUCACAGAUGAUGGAUUCUGCAAAAAUGUAUUCAUACUCUCAACUUUACUCGCGACAUGUUUCUGACUACCAAGAGCUCUUCCACCGUGUCUCGCUGCAGCUUUCUAUGAGCUCUAAUAAUGCUAGUAGAUCAGCUACCACAGCGCAACGGAUCAAGUCUUUCAAAACAGACGAAGAUCCCUCCAUGGUUGAGCUUCUGUUUCAGUAUGGCCGGUAUCUGUUAAUUGCUUGUUCCCGACCAGGAACUCAAGUCUCGAACUUGCAAGGGAUAUGGAACAAGGAUGUCGAGCCUGCCUGGGACGGCGCUCCUCACUUGAACAUUAAUCUCCAAAUGAACUAUUGGCUUUCUCUGUCGGGCAACCUUAAGGAGUGUCAAGAGCCAUUGUUUGACUACAUCUCCUCUCUGUCAAUCAAUGGAAAGAAAACAGCAGAGGUAAAUUACGGUGCGAAAGGGUGGGUUGCGCAUCAGGUGUCGGAUAUAUGGGCAAAAACAUCCCCUGAUCGCGGCCAAGCAGUGUGGGCUUUGUGGCCAAUGGGUGGAGCGUGGCUAUGCACGCACUUGUGGGAGCAUUACGCAUACACACUCGACAAAGAAUUUCUCAGAAACAAAGCAUAUCCGGUGAUGGAAGGCUGCACGGCGUUUCUACUGGACUGGUUAAUCGAAGGCAGUGGUGAAUUUCUUGAAACUAAUCCGUCAACAUCCCCCGAGCACAUGUUUAUUGCUCCCGAUGGGAAGCCUGCUAGUGUUAGCAACUCGUCGACUAUGGACAUUCAAAUCAUUCGAGAGGUUUUCUUGUCGAUUAUCAAAGCUGCCGAGGAACUCGGAAAAAGCAGCGAUGCACUAAUUGUACGAGUUCAUAAAGCUUUACCACGGCUUCCUCCAAUGAGAAUCGCCGGAGACGGUUCCAUCAUGGAAUGGGCUCUCGAUUUCAAAGAUCCGGAGGUGCACCAUAGACAUGUGUCACAUCUAUUUGGCCUCUUUCCGGGGCACACCAUCACUGUCCAAGACUCGCCCGACCUAUCCAAAGCAGCAGAAAACACCCUGAAUAAACGAGGAGAGGACGGUCCAGGAUGGUCGACGACAUGGAAAGCCGCACUAUGGGCGCGCCUCCAUAACAGCGAGCAUGCUUACCGCAUGGUAAAGCAUCUCUUCGACUUGGUGGAUCCAGACCGGGAAGGCGAGUUUGAAGGCGGUCUGUACUCCAACCUCUUCACUGCCCAUCCACCUUUCCAGAUCGACGCAAACUUUGGAUUCACGGCAGCUGUGGCAGAGAUGCUGGUGCAGAGCAAUGGGAAGGACUUGUACCUGCUUCCAGCCCUCCCCAGGGAUAAAUGGCCCAACGGCUGCGUGAAAGGCGUGAAGGCGCGCGGCGGGGUGACGGCGAGCGUGUGCUGGAGAGAUGGGAAGCUGCUUCAGUUAGGGUUGUGGCUGAUUGGUAAUGGAAAUGGUAAUGGUGGUAAGGAGAUGAAGAGGAGCCUCAGGCUAAGGCUGCAUUACAGUCACAGAGGGGAAGGGAGGACAGUUACUGUUGCAGAGGAAGUGUUAUUAUUUUCAGGUGUUGUCUACACUUAUGAUCACCAAUUGAACUGCAUCAACAAAUAUGAACUCCACUCAACCCCUAGCUAGUUUUUUUUUUUCAUUGCUUAUUUUAAUUUUAAUUUCAAAUUUGGGGGAGGGAGUGCAUUUCUUGACUUGACUUAGUCGUUUUGUAUUCUCUGGAUCAUUAUCAUUUAAUUAUUAUUAUUA